AGUAUAAACCAAUAUGGCUGGCAUUUGACAGCUAAACUUUUAGUACAUAAACAUUCAGUCGGUCUGUGAUCUCUGUGAUAUAAAUUACGAAAAAUUCAACAAAUUAAAGCACUUGAAUUAGCUGAUUGGUCAUGGGUUCACACACCGAAGAGAAACUGGAGAAACACCUGAAACUCCUCAAAGAAGAAUACACGAAACUUCAGCGCAACUAUGGUGAAUUGGAACGAAAGUACAGUAAAUUGGCGGCUGCUAGCGGAGAUGCCGAUGUCGGUGAAUUUAGCAGUUUUGUGUCCCGUUUGGCAAUGACCGUAGCGACACUGCACGGAAAGACCACAUAUUCUGACAUAGUGAUAAAGUUUCAAGAUGAAACACCAAUACCAGCACACAAAUUCGUAUUGAAUGCGAGAUCGGAGGUGUGGCGAGAAGAGGUGCUAGCCAAUUUAACCGAAUUGGAUUGGUCAGAUUUAGAGACGGACGUAGGUUUUGCGCUGCUGCGUUGGAUAUACACCGAUGUGAUUGACCUGCAACACGAUUCCAUUGCGUUGGGUCUGCUGAGGGCUAGCCAUCGUUUCAAAUUGCCUGGCCUGAAGGGAUUGUGUGAACGAGCAUUGGUCUCGUCAGUUGGUGUGCGGUCGUGUGUACGAUUUUAUUGCGUUGCAGAGGAAGUGGAAUCGUCCAUUUUGUUGGAUUACUGUUCCGGACUGAUUUCGACUCAUUGGGACGAUUUGACUCCACAAGAUUUUGAGCACAUGUCUGGUCCGUUGCUCUACAAAAUGCUCAAAAGCAAGUCCAAAUUUCCGUUGCAUUCGGCCGUCAGAUUGUUGCGGGAAGAUGUGGUCUUUCUGUGCCUAGUCGAGAAUGAUCACAUGUUGUCGGAAAUGGUCAACAGUGUGUCACCACAGGGCCAGUUGGCAUUGGGAUUGGCACUAAUUGGUCGGAGCAGAGGCAUCGCAGAACUUUUAAUCAAAAAUGGUAAGGCCAACGUUAAUGCAUUCAAUGCAGACGGCAGUUCAUUGUUGAUUGAUGCUGUAAAACGCGGUGAUGCCUUUGCUGCAAAUUUCCUGUUGGACAACGACUGUAAAGUGAAUUUAGCUGAUCGGAAGACCGACGACACUGCGCUGCAUUUGAUUUGUACUCACUCCGAGGCAACGACCGAUCCGAAUACGUAUAAGGACAUGGUGUUGUUCGGGAAGACGCUACUUCAAAAUCAGGCCGAUCCAAAUUUACAAAAUUCACAAGGAUACACCCCACUGCAUUUGGCUAUAAUGAGCCAUCACAGCGAAAUGAUUGAUUUGCUAUUGGAUCGUCAAGACAUCAACACAAAUCUACGAACGAAUGACGACAAAUGUGCCUUACAAUUCGCGCUUAUUCCACCAUACACCGACGGUCCACCAUUUCAAUUAGCCAGACGAUUGUUGGACAAGGGAGCUGAUCCAUUGCAUUUGUUUGUGGAGAAUAGUAACAGUUUGCUGCAAGUAUUAGCCCGAUCAGAUCUGCAACCUGCCUGUCUAUUUAUGGUCGAACAUUCCGAUCUCAAUCACUGUAACAAAAGUGGUCACACCGCCUUGCACAUAGCUUGUGAAAUGGGCCUGCCUGAACUAACAUUAGCACUGCUACAGAAUGGAGCAUCACCCAAUAUACAGUCCGGCACGCCUGACAACAAGACAGCCCUACAUUUUGCAGUCGAAUCGCAUCAACAGGACAUCAUUGAAAUAUUCGUUCAGCACAAGGAGAAUUGCGGAACGAAUGAGGCUCCUGAUUUUAAUUUGAAAAACAACGACGGCGAUUCACCUCUAAGUCUUGCUCUGACCAUGGGAAAAAAUGCCUUGGUUCCCAUUUUGAUAAAGGGAGGUGCCGAUGUGAAUGCUAGAAAUGGUCAAGAUUUAACUUUGCUGCACCAGGCAAUCAUGAAGCAGGACGCUGACACUGCCGUAUUUUUGAUAAAUCAAAACGCUGACAUCAACGCAUUCACCGGCGAUCAAGAAUCACCACUUCAAUUAGCUAUUCAUUGUCGUCUACCGACAGUUGUUGAUGCCCUAUGUUCCAAAGGCGUUGCGUUUAGUGCACCAGACAUAAAGGGUGAUCCACCACUGUGGGCUGCAUUGGAUUCGGAUCAGGAAGACAUUGCAAAUGUGCUAGUGAAACACGGAGUCGACACAGAUUGUUGGUCACCGGGACCGGAUGGAUGUCAGCAGACCUUACUGCAUCGAGCGAUUGACGAGAAUAAGGAGUCAGCUGCAGUGUUUUUGAUAAAAAGUGCUUGUGAUCUGGAUUCGCCACGUCAAUUGGGACCGAAUGGAGAAGGAAGCGAAGAAGUGAAAUCGAAAUCGUCACCGUUGCAUCUGUGCUGCGAAUGGGGCCUGACGCGUGUGCUUCAAACUUUGAUCGAUCAUGGUGCUAAUGUGAAUGCAGUUGACUGCGAUAAGAAGACACCACUGCAUGUGGCUAUCGAAAACCAUCACGACGAUUUGAUUACAAUUCUACUUUGUCAUCCAAGCAUCGACCUGAAAUUGCGCGAUAAAAAUGGACAAACGACUUUUGCUGCUGCGUUGACCGUUCGCAAUAUCAAGGCGGCACAAAAUAUUUUGGAACGGUUACCAAAUGCUGCUGAGCAGAUGGAUCAACGAGGUCGAAAUUUUCUACAUUUGGCGAUCAUGAAGGACGACCUGGAAAGUGUUCUAUUUCUGCUAUCGAUUCAAGUGGACGUCAAUUCACGUGUGCACGAUGUGAAUCAAACGCCACCACUUCAUUUGGCUGCUGCAUCCAAAAAUGAGAUGUUGGUGCGAAACCUAAUUUUAGCCGGUGCUAGAGUGAACGACAAGGAUUCCACUAAUAAGACUGCCCUUCAUAUAGCAGCCGAACGUGGUCAACUGGCUGCCGUUUCAGCGUUGCUAAGUAACGGUGCCGAUUACGAUGCCUGUGACAAUGAUGGUAACAACGCUCUACACAUUGCCGUCCGGGAAGGUCACUUAUCGAUCGUUCGCGAAUUGCUCACCGAAAGUCAAUGCAAUGCCGAAGCAAUCAAUCUGAAAGGACGUAAUCCAAUGCAUGAAUUGUGCCACAGCGGUAAAGACACGACGGCGGCAACAAUUUGUGAACUAUUCUUGGAAUGUAUGCCAAAGUAUCCGAUAAAUGCGACCGAUUUGAAUGGAAAUACUCCGUUAUUGCUGGCGUUCGUUCGCGGUCAGGCACCGUUGUGUAAAGUGUUGGUCAAGAAUGGAGCCUGCCUGGGUGCGGAGAAUCGAGAAGGUGUCAACAUUUUCAACUUUAAAUUGGCAACAAACCAGUUGCUGUUCAAAUUGUUGGAUCAACUGCCACAAGAGUCGCCGUGGGCAACGUCAGAAUUGUGCCAAGAGUGCGGAACAAAAUUUGGACUGACGAUGAGGAAGCAUCAUUGUCGCCACUGUGGACGGAUUUUGUGCAGUAAUUGUUCGAAAACGGACGUUCCCAUUCUUAAGUUUAAUAUCACAAAGCCGGUGCGCGUUUGUGGCGUAUGUUUCGAUGUGCUCAAAGUGGGUAGUGGGUAGACAGAAAUAUACAUUCAUGCAACACCAUCCUUAGGUAGGAAUCGAACAAAGACACUUUCUUCAUUCUAUGUAACAGAAUCGUCGAAAAUAAUUUUUUUUUAUUUGUUUCCAUUUUUACAAGAAAAAUCAUUUUCCCUUUUCAUUAAAUAAUUUAUCUUAUACGUUUUGUGUAUAAAAUGUGUUAAUCA